AACUCGAAUCUAAUUUUCAGUCUUCUUAUGCAAUAAUUAUCUCAUCUAAUUUCUUGCUUCCGUUACUUGCAUAAUUGUCCAUCGUUUUCCUCUUGCCAUAGCAAAAGCAAUGGCCGUCGAACUAUUACUCUCUGCAGCGCUUCCCGUGUUGUUUCAAAAGCUUGCGUCCUCUGAGUUUUACAACUUUUUAUUUGAGGAAGGGGUUCGUUCAAAGCUGGCAAAUUGGGAAAGGAAAUUGGAGAAGAUUGAUGCUGUGCUUAGCUCUGCCGAAGAGAAGCAGCUGAUGAGCCGUCCAGUGAAAUUGUGGCUGGAAGAUCUUCAACACCUGGCUUAUGAUGUGGAGGACAUUCUGGAAGAGUUUGCCUAUGAAGCUUCAAGGCACAGCUCUACCCCUUCCUGCUUCAAGAAUUUCACUCCGCGUGCUAUCAAGUUCGAUUACAGCAUGCAAUCCAGAAUAGAAGAUAUAACUAGCCGGUUCGAAGAGCUCUACAGAGAAAGAGCUGAACUUGGAUUAAUACACGAGAGUUCUGGUGGGGCAUCAAGCGCCGCUGCAUCAGCUGCACAGCAGAGACCAUCAAGUUCAAGUCUGCCAACUGGAAAAGCUUUUCACGGAAGAGGCGACGCCAAAGAAAAAAUACUUGAGAUGGUCUCAAGAGAUGCCAACUUUUCUGUGAUAGCAAUCGUGGGCAUGGGAGGAAUUGGCAAAACAACGCUUGCUUGUGAAGUGUAUAAUGACAAGAAAUUGGAGGAUUUCAAGUUCGAGAAAAAAAUGUGGGUUUCUAUCUCUGAAGAUUUUGAUGUUUUCAGAAUCUCAAAGUCACUUCUCGAGUCCAUCAACAAAAACUCUGGCAAACUAAGUACUUUAGAUGCAGUGCAAAAACAACUGAAAGAGGAAGUACGUGGAAGAAAAUUUUUCCUAGUCUUGGAUGAUGUCUGGAAUGAGAACCUUAGCUCGUGGGAAACCUUGAAGUCUCCAUUUAUUGAAGGUGCUCCGGGAAGUAAAAUAAUUGUAACUACACGCAGUAAAAAAAUAGCACAGAUAAUGGGAUCCUCUGAACCUUAUGAAUUAGGGCAAUUAUCUGAUGAAGAUUGUUGGCAAUUGUUUAUGGAGUAUGCAUUUGAGGGUAAAACUCCUCGUGCGCCUGAAGUGAGCGAUUCACUUCGUAAAAAAAUUGUUGGAAAGAGCAGCGGCCUGCCUCUGGCUGCAAAGACUCUUGGAAGCCUUCUACGCUCCAUGGAGAUUGAGAAGUGGGAAAAUGUACUAAACAGCAAAAUAUGGGACUCAGCUGAUGUAGGUGGGAUUCUUCCGGUGUUAAAGUUAAGUUACUACCAUCUUCCUCCACAUUUGAAAAGAUGUUUCUCCUAUUGUGCAAUUUUCCCUAAAGAUUAUGAAUUCGAGGAGAUGGAACUUGGACUUCUAUGGUUGGCGGAAGGUCUUAUUCAACCAUUAAAUCAACACCUAGAUUUGGCAGGUGAGUAUUUUCGUGAUUUAUGUUCAAGGUCACUUUUUCAAAAGUCAACCAGUUAUAAUUCUAAAUAUAUAAUGCAUGACCUUGUACAUGAUCUAGCUCAAUCGAUUUCUGGAGAAGUUUGUUUUAGGCUUGAUGAGGGAGCUAAUACUAAGUCACCAAAAACAUUUGAAAAGACUCGUCGCCUUUCUUAUACAGCUAAAGGAUGUAGUGGAAAAGAUUUUUUGAAGGACUUGGAAAAAUUUAAAAGACUCAGAACAUUCUUUCCAGUAUUCAAGAAUUCUUAUUCGAAACAUUUUCUAUGUGCAAUGGUUCUUUUUGAUGUGUUGCCACAGUUGAAGAAGUUGAGAGUAUUGUCUUUAGAAAGGUACCAGAUCACUUAUUUGCCUGAUUCAAUUGGAGAUCUGAUGCAUUUAAGGUAUUUAAACUUUUCUUCAUCAAGGAUCAAAAUUUUGCCUGAGUCAAUAAGCCAAUUAUUGAACUUGCAAACUUUGAUAUUAAAAGAUUGUUCUUAUCUCAAGAAGUUACCUUCUAAGAUGAGAUGUUUGACUAAUCUAUAUCAUCUUGAUAUAAGUGGUACGGAUUCAUUAGAAGAGAUGCCAUCCAGAAUGAAGGAAUUGAAAAAUCUCCGAAUGUUAUCUAAUUUUAUAGUGGGCAAAGAAUUGAGUUCCAAUUUGGAAGAUUUGAAAAGCUUAAAUUUUCUUAAAGGUGAGCUUCACAUUUUAAAGUUAGAGAAUGCAAAUAAUGUAAAGCAAUUAGGUGGGCUAAUAUUAAAUAGCAAAAAAGAUUUAAAAGUGUUGAUAUUAGAGUGGAAGUCUCCAUUUGAUGAUUUACGAGAAGAGGAAAAAGAAAAAAAUGUUCUUGACAUGUUGAAACCUCAUAGCAAUCUACAAGAAUUGACAAUUAGAUACUAUGGUGGUUUAGAAUUUCCAUCUUGGCUAAGCACUUUGUCAUCACUUUUUAAAUUGACAGUCCUUAGGUUAGAAAAUUGUGAAAAAUGCACAAGCUUGCCUUCACUAAGCCCAUUGAGCUCACUUAAAGAGUUACAAAUCGAAGGGAUGCCGAAACUGGAAAGAAUAGACAUGCAAAGUUCUGACAAUUCAUUGGAGAUUAUUUAUUUGGAGAAUUUACAAAAUUGUCAAUGUUUGGACACCAAAGGGGAAAAUGAGAAUGGUGGAAGAUUCCCAAAUCUUCAUAAGCUCUCCAUUAUUGAUUGUCCUAAACUUACUGUAGAAUUGUCUGAUCAUCUUCCUUCACUGAAAGUACUUUACAUUGAAAAGUGUGCAAAAUGGAUGGUUUCAUUCUCAAGUUUUCCAAAGCUCACCAAAUUAAGAGUUUUUAAUUGUCUAUCACAUUUACAACAUUUGGAGGAUAUCAGUUCUACUUCUCUUGAGUCUUUGUGGAUUACAAAGUGCAAAGUUCUCACAUGUCUAUCGUUACCUAUGACACUCAAAGAUCUUUUGAUUGGUUCAUGUGAAGAUCUCACAACAUUGUCAAUACAUGGAAAACUUGAAUGCCUCCAGAUUUGGAAUUGUCAAAAGCUGAAGUCAAUAGAAGUGGCAAUUCACAAUAGUCCGUCUCUUAAAACGAUUGGUUUAGAUGGUCUUCAAAAUCUUGAAUCGUUCAGCAUACAGAAUCUUACUAGUCUUCUAGACUUAACCAUAAGAAAUAGUUCAGUGUCAUUGCGGAUAGAAGAUUUUCCAACCAGCAUGAGCAAUCUCAAUAUCAUGGGAAGUGUGGAAAUGAGUAAGGCAUUAAUUAAUUGGGGAUUGCACAAAUUCACCUCUCUUAAAAGUCUUUCCAUCAAUGGAUUUGAAGAUCUGCAGCUGAGUCUACAGGAGGACCAACAAACGCCCCUUCCUCUUGAAUCUUUGGCCAUCUCUAAUUUGGCAUCAUUCAGAUCUAUUUCAGACUUAGACAAACUCACCUCUCUUAAGAGUUUGGAUAUUCUGCUUUCAAAUCUCAACUCAAUUCCAGACCUAGGAGGCGACUCCUCCCUUGAAAAAUUGAGUAUUACUAAUUGCACAGAGCUCGAAUCAGUUGCAUGCUUGAGAAAUCUUACUUCUCUUCAAACCUUGGUGAUUUUGAAUUGCCCAAAGCUCAAAUCCUUGCCAAAACCGCCACCCUCACUUCUGGAAUUAGAGAUUGAGAAUUCCUUCCUUGAAGAAUUGAGUAUUACUAAUUGCACAGGGCUCAAAUCAGUUGCAUGCUUGAGAAAUCGUACUUCUCUUCAAACCUUGGUGAUUUCGAAUUGCCCAAAGCUCAAAUCCUUGCCAAAGCCGCCACCCUCUCUUCUGGAAUUAGAGAUUGAGAACUCCUCCCUUGAAAAAUUGCGUAUUACUAAAUGCACAGAGCUCAAAUCAGUUGCAUACUUGAGAAAUCUUACUUCUCUUCAAACCUUGAUGAUUUCCAAAUGCCCAAAGCUCAAAUCCUUGCCAAAGCCGCCAUCCUCACUUCCGGAAUUAGAGAUUGAGAACUCCUCCCUUGAAGAAUUGCGUAUUACUGAAUGCAGAGAGCUCAAAUCAGUUGCAUGCUUGAGAAAUCUUACUUCUCUUCAAACCUUGGUGAUUUCCAAUUGCCCAAAGCUCAAAUCCUUGCCAAAGCUGCCACCCUCACUUCUGGAAUUAGAGAUUAAGGAAUGUUCAUCGCUACAAAAACAUUGGAGGAGAGGUAAAGGGAAGUACUGCUCAAAGAUAGCUCACAUCCCUAGAGUUGAAAUCGAUAGAAAAUUAAUCUUCAAUUCAAAGGAGGAAGAAAUAGAGUUGAAUUAAUUGAAUUCAAAGCAUGGAGUCAGAUAAUCAUCUCUGUUUCAUUCAAGAUGAUCAUCAACGAGACAAUCACAGUGGCAUUUUGGCCAGACUUGGGUUUCUUUUAAGAUGAUCAGUCCAUUUUGUUGUUGAGGUGGAUUGAAAGUGACUACGAUUCAAAGAUGCAAAAUUUAAUCCUCCAACUUCAUUCUGUCAAGUCUCAAGCUCAAAUUACGAAACUCGGAUUUGCAAUUCUAAUGGAUGCAUCUGUUAACUAAGGGCCAUACAAUGCAAUGAUUGAAGGAUAAGCAAGAUGGAGUUAAUUACCUUGAAGUUGAUAUGUUAUCCUCUCCUCACUUAAGCAUAACCAGUCAAAAGCAUUUGAUGUUCGCCAGCUGCAGGCACGUGAUUUCUAAGAAUGCAGUGUCGACAGGAAAAAUGUCCUGAAGUCCUUAAUACCAGUAAAGAGUUAAAGCAGCAAUUUUAACCAGAAGAAAAUGAAGUGAUGUUGCUUGUGAAAAUGAAGAGGCCUCUGUAACAUGACAAGCUCACGUCUUUUCUGCUGAAUCAGUGAGUGCAAAAAUCUCCAAUAUCACAUCUCUUGAACUUCUGAAGGUGAGAAGCUAUCCUGUUCUUGAAUCCUUUUCAGAGAGGGUUGCUGGAUAUGUUGAUCUCUUUGUCACACCAUUGCACCAUGAACAUAUUGUGAUGAUAACAGAAAUUUGAAGCCUGAAAAAUUGCAGCGUGAAGGUAGCAAAUGUAGGCUGUAGCAAUUUGGCAAACUAUUGAAAAUUUGUGUUUAUAUCUUAUUUUGAUGUGCACACAAUUAUUAUGCUAUAUGUGUGGACAUGAUUGCAUUUUGUGUGAACAUUUGGAUUUUGAUUUUCCAUUUAAGUACAACUUUCAACUUCUUUAUCUGUA